UUAUUUGAAUUCUUCCUGCAUGUUGUUCCUAAUACAACGAUUACUAUAUGGCAGGUAAGUACGGAACCCUUGGUUUCAGUUGAGAGGAGGUGUUCCUAAAGCCUCUUGUGGUUGCAGGCAUUACAAGCUUAGAGGGAAAACAACACUAGCGGACCCAAUGGGUGGAGCAAACAAAGGUGUGGCUAUACCUGCAGGUAAAAGAGGCCGCAGUGCCAUGGUUACAUGAUAGACCCAGGGGCUGGCUAGACAACUGGAGUGUCUCCCUCAGUUACAGAGAUGGCAGGAUCCGGACUUAAUGUUUGGAGAUCUGAUUUGUAUGUCCUUUACCGCUCCUGUUUGUCGUAACAGGUGUGAGUUACACUUACCUGUAAGUAAAUGCCUCAAAAAGUCAAGCCAUGAAUUUUUCAGCGUGAUGUUUCUUCUACUACUAAUCUAAAAAAGGACGGCGGGGGUAUCAUCAUGCUGGAGAAUGGCUUUGCUGACAGAGAACCGAGCCAGGUUAUGGUGGAUGUUGUGAAAGUGCCAGAAAGCAGGAGAAGGUGUUUUUCACGGCGCCACUGCUUCUUCUUCAUCCUGGUGCUCACAGCAGUUUUGUUUUUCUACUGCACAGACAUAAAAGAAAUGACGACUGACUGGAUCCCAACAAAAUGGUGGAUUCCAUUUAAAGAUCACAGACAAAACGUGGGCCCACUACCAUCUGAACUGACUGGAUUCCAAACUCAGUCAGGCUCAACUGUCCUUCUUCAAACUGAAAAUAUCACAGCAACCAACAUGACCAACAGGACUGCCACGAAUACAAAAGCUUCAGUGGUGACUCAGCAGUUGGCAAAAACUAUACCACCAUCACCAGUUCCUUAUAAAUCUCCGGGCCUGUACUUAGUGGAAUACCCAUAUAAGUACAGCUUCAUCAUGAACGAGCCAAAGACAUGUGAGCAGCAGAAGCCCUUCCUGGUUCUGAUGGUUCCCGUGGCGCUCCACAACAGGGCGCAUCGGGACAUCAUCCGCAGCACUUGGGGAGGUGAAAGUCUGGUACUGGGCAAAGUGGUGAAGCUGUUCUUCCUGCUGGGGCUGCAAACCGGAGAGGGAGUUCAGCAGCUCCAGGAUCAGCUGCUGCAGGAGAGCCGAGAGCACCACGACCUGCUGCAGAGCGACUUCCUGGACUGCUACAAGAACCUGACCAUCAAGACCAUGGUGAUGCUGGAGUGGCUGGACUCCCACUGCACCAUCACAUCAUAUGCCAUGAAGAUUGAUUCUGACAUGUUCCUGAAUGUGCCAAAACUCGUUCAUAUGUUGUCAAGUGCUCCAAAGACAAACUACAUGACCGGACUAGUGGCGAUGGGAGCAGCAGUUCUAAGAGAUCCGCGAUCCAAGUGGUUCGUUCCUGUGGAGCUUUACUCUUCGUCAGUAUACCCACGUUACGCUUUGGGUCUGGGCUACGUUUUGUCUAUUGACCUCCCUAAAAAGCUUAUUUUGGCAUCCAGACAUGUCAAAGCUAUUUACAUUGAAGACGUGUAUUUGGGGUUGUGUAUGCAGUACUUGGGCAUCCCCCCAGCGGAACCCCCAAACUGGGGAUAUUUCCAAGUGUUUCCUGUGCGGUACAGUCGCUGUGCUUACUCCAGGCUGAUAGCCACCACCACACAUCAUGACACUAAUCGUGUGAGGGAUUGGAAAGACUUUAAAAAACCAGGUCCAUACUGCUGAAAUGUUGAAAGAAAAGACAUGACAUUUUUCUUUAAGCAGCAACAAACAAUUCUGAAUCUAAAAUACGGCAGAUGCUGGGUAAUGAUUGCCAUUCUAUGUCCAGUAUAAAAAAAUACUGGAGGAAAAACAUCUAAAUGGGUUAACCCUUAGAUGCAUAAGUGGGUCUUUUUUGACCCGGUGAGGUGGUUUUCUUAGAGUAUCUUUGUAAUUACAU